AUGGACGACGUGCUGCUGCAGACACUGGACAUGCUCGAGUGGCGCCUCCGCCGUAUCGAGUUCGUCCUGAACGGCAACGUGCCCCCAGACGCACACCAGUCCGAAGCGACGGUCGCGGCUCGUAUGCAGAAGCUCGAGAGCACCCUCGCAAGUCUGGCCUCCAAAUCUCGGGCCAUUUCCGACGUGCUGCAUCUCCAGUCCAAACACGCGGAUCUUUUCUCCCCGCAAGAGCCCAAGACAAAGCCACAAGACGAUACACCGCCGCCAGAGAUUAAGCUGUCCACUGUUCUUACCGAUGCGCCCGCCUUCCCGGCCACAGCCUCACAACUGACGUCGCUCAAUGAUCUGCCGCUCCCUCCCACCGGAUCCUUUACGUCCCUUGUCGCGUUGCAGCCGCGCAUCACCCAGCUCGAGGAGCGACAGGUGGACCAGGCGCUCCAAAUCUCGGAUCUGAGGAAGAGGAGCGGACAGGCGGUGCUGAGGUGGCACGAAGUCAUGGUGUUGGGACAGGGAAGGUGCUGGGCGGAGUGGGACACGCGGGUUAGGCAGGCCGAGAGGGACGUCAGGAGGGAGGAAGUCAAGCGGGCGCAGGAGGACGGAGUGGAUUGA